AUGGCGAGCCCGGCCGGUGCAAGUCCACGUGUGUCUGGCGACGAGCUUCGAUGCCAGCCCUACGUGGAUUAUAUUCGAUCAUGCUACAAGAACGACCUCGAGGCCUUUAGUUAUUACGAAGCCUUAGUCGACUAUAUUGAAAAAGGAUCGAGAAAGUAUCCGGGGCAAACUCAACAUCAACCAAGGAUCUUCGAGCUUCGGCCUAUCGAGUCUGCCAUACAAUAUCCUGCACUGUUCCCUUUCACCCCCCUGGACUGGUCAUCCAUCUCACAAAGACCCCAAAUUGUCAUGUUAGAGGGUUUCCCAUCCCCAGAUGCCGUUGUACAGCUGGCCCGGAGAUGGAAUCUACGUCCAGAGCUUUUUAUAGGACAUAUCUUCGACAAACCGAGCAAUCCACGCGGUUUCUAUAGCGAUCCAACUCUGCCUUCCAGGCAGGGUAAUGUUGUUCGCGUCCAUUUCAGAAGCCUCGUCAAGUCCUUGGUUCAAGGCCCCAGCCUGAAACUCUUCAUGGAAAAUCGAUCUGCAGUUGAGGAAGCGUGCCGGACAUAUGAGAAGCGUCUGUUCGCUGAAGGCCAGUUCGGUGUUACUAGGUUUCGGGGGAUUAACCAGCAUGACACCUGCUGCUGCAGCAUUGAGCAGGCUGUCUCCUUCACGGUUGUCCCAAACAAAGGGUCGUGGGUCGCUAUCUACCUCACCGAUGAAGGAACUUCUUUCCUGGAAGGUGUUCGUCUCCCCUGGACCAGCUACCACAACUACGCCACCUCUCUACAAGGUGGAACUGCGGUAGGGACUGUUCCGAUAGUUCCGUAUAACAAGCCCGUUGCGACCGAAUCCUGCGAUUGGAACAUUGGUAUCAGCGAGAACAACUGCCAUGAACGAAGAAAUCAUACCUUUCCCUUAGCACCAACUUUCAGCCAGCUACAUCCAUCGCGGAACAUUGUGGUCAAUGACGAAGCAGAUAUGGAACUGCUGUCAGAAGAUCCCUUCUUCCUGUUGGCCAGCCUUUUUACUACAUCCGCGCUUUCUUUCAUGCAACUCCUCAACUAUCUGUCAGUGAGCAUAAAUGAAGACCACAGCAUGGAAGUAGAUCUUCUUAACAUCAAGCUUGAGCGACUGCGAAACUGCGUCAGGAUAGUCCAACGUGUCGAGGCCGCUCUCGCCGAGAACCUACAGUGGAUAGCUCAGGGUGGUUGUCAUACCUGGCCCCGAGCUAGACCUGGAAUGAGCGCGGCCAUAAAGAAACAGGUCGUGCAGAGUAAAUUAAGAACUGACCAUGAGGCUUUACUGCAGAAAUGCAUUGCCAUGCGUCAAGACUGUGAGUCGGCGAUGGCAUUUCUGGUAAGCUAUUCGCAGCUUCUUUGUGGGGAGCGCGGUAUCGCGCAAGCGAAGGAGGUGGCCAGGCUAACAAAGCUGGCGGCGUUCUUUGUUCCCUUGGCAUUCGUUACCUCGGCGUUUGGGAUGAACAUAAAAGAGCUGGGGGGUAGCAAAACUCCUUCGUUCUAUGUAUUCGCAGUGGUGGCUGUAAUAACCUUGGUAGCUACAUAUGUCACCAUGUUUUGGACCACUACAUGGGGCUGGCUGGGGAUGUUAUCAACCAAGGCCUUCCAGAAGCUCAGAAGGGCCAAAUAG